UGUAUACGUACACAGCAUCAAUACAGUAAUAUAAUAACAGUGUAAUUUUUAAUGUAUACUUGAAACGUUUCAAUAUCAGUAACGAGUUUGCUUAGAUAAUUAAGUGUACAGCUAAGUGCAGCAGCUAAUGACAAUGACACAAGAAGUUCGGAAUUUCCUUGUGAGAGAUAUGUCAGAGUCUCCUACGUACAUGAAACCGACUAUACUACAAACUAUGGAGUGGGAGCUUGAAGCUGCAAAGACAGAAAUAGCCGGCCUACAAGUAACAGUCUCGGUGCUAACAGCAGAAAAGGACACACUAGAGCAGAAACUAUCUGAAAAAGACGAAGAAAAUGAAAAACUGAAGGCACAGUUUUUGGAAACAGGGGAAAAGUUACAAGAAGCAGCCACACUUAACCAAACUAGCGAGCAAGAUCUUGAAGAGAAAAUUGCUCUUUUAGAGUCUGAAGUUGAACAUGGAGCAAAGGAACUUGUCGAAAGAAUCGAGUAUUUAGAGCAGCAGCUUAACGAAAAUACUAAGCAGUUAACUAUAGGAGAGGCUGCCCUUGCAGUCAAGGAGGAGGUUUUGGCGACACGGGAAACAGAGCUAGAAGAGAGAGAGAAAGAGACCGAACGAGUGAGAGAUUUCUUUGCAGCCGGAAAUGAUGUCAACGGCCUGGUCCUAGAUUUGCAAGGACGAAUCAAGAAACAAGAAGAAGAGAUACAGCUCAAGGAGAAUCAUAUAAUAACGAUGAGAGUAAAACUUGAGAGAUCGGAACAGGAAAUGUUAGCCAUCAAGCAGACACUCAGAAAUCAACCCAAGAAAAUGGAAAGCUUUCGAGCACCACCUAUCCCAAGGCCUAGAUCGGCCUCACGGCCUCAAAUUUCUAAACAAAACAGCCUACCCUCCUAUCAACACCAGUCAAUCCAAGUACAACCACAACACCGUUGGAGCCUUCAGCCACAAAUCGAAGAAGAGGAUCGAAUAUACGACAAGCCUAGCCCGCCCGUCCCAGUGUACAGAAGGCUACCGUUCUCGCUAGAUUGGGAUACACCAUUAUACACAAUUGAUCACAGAAAGAAAAUCGUCAAUGGAGUAUCAAUAUACAGUCAAAAAGAGAACAAAUUGUACUUUAGCUCGAUACUUCAACAGGAGAUUCUGGCAUACACAGAGAGUCAACAGUGGGAGACCCUACCCUCUUGCCCUCACAAGUACUUUGGUCUGGUUAUGGUCGAGGACAACGUGACUACUAUAGGAGGGAAAGUCCAGGAGAGAGCAUCCCCUACAGGAGAUGGCAAUAGAUCAAGCUACACUGAUAAAUUGUUGAGCUACGUCACGGCGGCAUCAGGCGCGAGGGCAGGGCAAUGGGUGGAACUGUUUCCACCAAUGCCCUCAAAACGAGCCAGCCCUGCAGCUGUCUCGACUAGUAGAUCGCUCAUCGUAGCCGGUGGGGACAACGGACAUCACUUGCGCACGGUUGAAGUUAUGGACCUGACAGACAAGCAGUGGCACACAGCGUCGAUUCUACCGAGGGCACUGAGUAACCCAAGCAUGGUACUCUGUGAGACAACCAAUCGAAUAUACCUCUCUGGCCAGGACAAUCAAAAUAGUCGAAUGCAAGUUCUAUUCAACUGCUCUAUACACGAGCUUCUACGCACUAUGGAACCUGUGACUGGACGAGAAUACGAGGACGAACCGUUCUACGGGCCAUCGAAACCGAAAAUCAUUCGAGUUUGGAACGAGCUACCUAGCACUCCGAACGAUUCCUCCACUCUAGCUAUCGUUGAUAGUCACGUUAUGGUUGCCGGGGGGAUUGGCAAGAAAGGAGAAGCUUCGAACGAGAUUUACUAUUUGGAUAUGUCACACUGCAAGUGGGAGCACAUAGCACAAAUGCCCACAGCGCGUCACGGUGCUCUGGUAGGGUUCAAUAGUUCGACUGAGAAGUUAGUUAUAAUUGGAGGUUUCAAUAAAACUAGCAUCAUUAGUAUGGUCAAUGUAGCCAAAUUCAGCUCAUCAUAGAAAACAGAACUUGCAACUGAAUUUGAGCAUUAUUCGCACAUGUACAUGUAUAUGUAGGUCACACUAUACAAUCGUUAUCUUUACGUGAAUGUAAUCAAUUUCAAAGCAACUAUCAAUUUAGCACACAAUCUAAAAUGUUAUGUUUUACUGUCACAACAACAAAACUAAUUAUCAAAAUUA